AUGGAAAUAUGCGUUUUGGGUGAAUUUAUUCCUUUUGAACAGGAGGAUUUUGAUGAAGAAAUUUAUGUUUCAAAUAAAAUAGUUGUUUGGAGUAGAGGCAAUGUAUUAUACAAAAGUUUUAAAUAUGAUGAGCCUGUAAUUCAAGCUUUAUUCGUUUGGCAACGUUGUCUGUUUGUAAUUCUUGAAAAUUCUGCUAAAGUCUACUUCCUAGAUGGUCAACAAUUCCUAUUAAGAAUUCCCUUUGUUGUAAAAAAAGCUUGGGCAAUGAAUCUAGGAGUAUUAUUCCAGUGUCAACAUAAAGAUAUUGAUGAAAAUGAUGAUUAUUACCAUUAUCAUACUAGAGACUAUAUAAAUUAUUCAAAAUUUGCAAAGUUGCAUUUACCAACUUUAUACAGUCUACUAGAUCCUUUAGAAGAAAUAAAACCUGUUUCAAUAGUUGAUAAAAUUUAUUAUGAUGGUUCAAAUAUUAAAUUGUCAGGUCACAAAUUUCUAUUCACAUAUCCUGAUGAACAUAUAGUGUUUGUUAAUGAUCAAUGUGAAAAUGCUGAAGUGUACAUUGAGCUUGUAUGGACUGAAGAUAUUAUUGAUAUACAAGAUUUUAUUCUUGAUAACAGUGAGCCAUGCAUUGAGGAGAAUGAGAAUGAAGAAGAGCAUAAUAGCAAAGUAUUCAUUGCUCAUGAAUUUGAUGCUCUUAACUUGAUAUCUAAUAAUUUCUCCAGUGAUGGCAGCUGUUAUGAACUGGAAAUAACACCAAAUUUUGAGUUAAAUAAUGUAAUUGCUGCUGAACCUGUUUAUGCAACUAGAUCAUUGCUUUGUGAUGUUUUAUUAUUGAAAAAAAUUAACGAUGACAGUUACAUGCUUGAGCUAUGGAUUGGUUGUGGCGAAUAUCCAUCAUCAAUCAAAAAUCAAUUGGAUAAUUAUAGGUAUUUGAUAAAGCUUUUGAUCAUAAAUAAAUGUUACGAGUAUCCAACAUUUGCUUUAUCACCAUGGCUCUCAAUUGAUCACGAAGAAUUAGCAUUUAAAUAUUCAAAUGAAAUUUAUUUACCACAAUUUUUGAAAGCAAUACAAAUUGCCUCUAAUGUUCAAAAACAUUAUAUAAUGGGAUCAGUUUAUAAUUACAUUGUUAAUCAUAAAGAAAUAAAUUCAAUUAAAGAUCCUAUUCAAAAACAACGAAUUAUUAAUGCAAAAAAUUAUCCACACUAUAAGUACACUGUUGAUUUAGAGGAUAUUGCUGGGCGGUUUUAUCCAAAUAUGGAUUUAUUCAAUAAAAAAAUGAAUGUCAAAGAAGAGAAGACUUCAAGAGAGGAAUUAUUUGAUCUAGCAAUUGAUCAAUUUGUUGAUAAUGAAUCUUCUUCUUCUUCAAGUAAAAUAGAUAAUAAAUGUUUUAUGGAUAAUGUUUUGUCUAAUAAACAAUCAGUGGCAUCAACUGAUGCUGCUCAGAUUUAUAAAAGUGAGGAUGAUGAAGAUGCCACUAUAACUGAUGAUGAUAAUAACAGUACAAAUGAUAAAACUGUUAUAAAAGAGUCACUACAAGAAUGUCAAAGUUAUAAAUCAGAAGAAAAUGAGAUGAUUAUUGAUAAUUGA